GUCGAGUGUUCGUCAAGUUUUUCCACGGCGAAAUCUAUCUAACGCGUUGAACGGAAGCCGAAUGGUGCGCGCAUCUCGUUGCCGCAUCCCGUUUCACUCGUCCCUCCGCCAAUCGCCUCCGACCUCCGACCAAACGGACCUCUGCACCUCAGGUUGCCCUCAGUAUUGCUUCGUGCGUCGUACAGUGCGGACGUGCGUUCCGGCCGCGCGGCUAACGUACGCGAGCUUUCGAAUUUUACCUGUGGAUUGUCAGUGAUAUGUGCAUUUGAAGUUAGACCGGUAACGUUGUGCUCAUUUUUCUGGAUUAGCAUCGGUCGCGUUCAAGGCCCGUCAGGAGCUGAGUGUCCAUUUCAAGAUAUUGCACCAGUAACGCGCUGAUUUAGAAAGAUUUUGGUAGCUCUGCUGUCCAGUUGGGAGCGUUGUCGUUUUUGACGGGCAAUACUAGAAGAUCAUGGACGAUAAACCAUGCUGCCAGAAGUGUUGGAAAUGAAACAGAAGGCAAGAAAGAAAAUACUAACAUUACAACACACCCGGGCCGAGUUAUAGCCAAAACAAAUACCAAAGUCAUGUAAAUUGGAAACUAAACGCUCAUAUCUGAGAAGCAUAUCUGCGACAAAACAAAUCUGAAAACAUAUCCAUUAUUUUAUGCUAGUCACCUUUUGUGAUUUUAGAUUAUGUAAAUUAUAUUGCUCAAAUUCUAAAAGAAGAAAAUCUCUUAGGAAUUAUUGUACUGCAAUCUUGACAUGAACUGAGUGGACACUCGGCGAUUAAUAUUAUAGAUCAAUUAGGUGAUAAUGAAAUAUUACAGUAUGUUCUUCUUAAGGAGACGAACGUUGAUUUUGAAGGCAGUGUUGGUAAUAACAGCGUUGUGGUUUAUGGUUGCCCUGUUGACGACGAAUGGGGGGUCAAGGAACGCCAUAGGGGCACCGGCAGUGGAGUACGAAGAUGCGGAAGCGAAACCCCUAAAAAUGGCUAAACCCACAUCUACAAAACGAAAGAGCGAGUCAUACGGCAAUAAUUUGUCUGACGCACGAACGCGCGUCAAUUGGCUCGAUCGGAUUGCUGGAAGCGAAGGCCUGGGAGUACUGGCUGCCCCAGGUUCAGACAAUGCCCCAGGCGAGUUAGGAAAGCCAGUGGUGCUGCCCAAGAACUUGACAGAAGACGCAAAGCAAGCUGUUUCUGAAGGUUGGAAAAAGAACGCUUUCAAUCAGUAUGUGAGCGAUCUUAUAUCUAUCAGGAGGAAAUUGCCAGAUCCUAGAGACGAAUGGUGCAAACAAUCUGGAAGAUACUUAGAGGAUCUGCCGCAGACGUCUGUGGUGAUAUGCUUCCACAAUGAAGCGUGGUCCGUGUUGUUGAGGACUGUACAUUCAGUUCUAGAUAGAUCUCCAGCGCAUUUGAUCAAGGAAAUAAUCUUAGUUGACGACUUUUCUGAUAUGCCGCAUCUAAUGCAACAAUUGGACGACUAUAUGUCGUCGCUGCCGAAAGUGAGAAUAGUGAGAGCUACCCGACGCGAGGGACUGAUCAGGGCCAGAUUGCUCGGUGCCAGAUACGUGACCGCUCCUGUGCUAACGUAUCUCGACAGCCACUGCGAGUGCACCGAAGGUUGGUUGGAGCCUCUGUUAGAUCGUAUCGCACGCAAUAAAACAACGGUCGUUUGUCCCGUGAUUGACGUCAUCGACGACAACACCCUCGAGUACCAUUACAGGGACUCGUCAUCCGUGAACGUCGGUGGAUUCGAUUGGAACCUACAAUUCAAUUGGCAUCCAGUACCGGCAAGAGAACGAGCGAGACACCAGAACACGGCGGAGCCAGUCUGGUCUCCGACCAUGGCCGGUGGACUCUUCGCAAUCGACAAGGAGUUUUUCGAAAGACUCGGAACAUACGACAGCGGUUUCGACAUAUGGGGUGGUGAAAAUUUAGAGCUGUCGUUUAAAACGUGGAUGUGCGGCGGCACGUUGGAGAUUGUGCCUUGCUCGCACGUCGGUCAUAUAUUCAGGAAGCGUUCGCCUUACAAGUGGCGGACUGGCGUGAAUGUGUUGAAGAAGAAUUCUGUCCGUUUGGCCGAGGUAUGGCUGGACGAUUACGCCAAAUAUUACUACCAGCGUGUAGGAAAUGACAAAGGAGACUAUGGCGACGUAUCUGGUCGUAAAUCAUUGCGUGACAAGCUUGGUUGCAAAUCGUUCGAGUGGUAUCUGAAGAAUAUUUAUCCAGAACUGUUUAUUCCUGGAGAAUCCGUUGCACAUGGAGAGAUCCGCAAUGUGGAGUUCGCAAAGAUAUGUCUGGACUCUCCGACGCGCAAAUCCGAUCAUCAUAAACCAGUCGGACUUUACCCGUGUCACCGGCAGGGUGGAAACCAGUACUGGAUGUAUUCCAAAAAUGGUGAGAUUCGCAGAGACGAAACCUGUCUGGAUUACUCUGGUCACGACGUCGUCCUGUACCCGUGUCACGGCGCCAAAGGCAACCAAUUAUGGUUGUAUGACCCGAACACGAAGUUGCUGAAACACGGCUCGAGCGAGAAAUGCAUGGCUAUAUCGCGCAACAAAGACAAAAUCGUGAUGGAAACUUGCAAAGAAUCCGAGGACCGGCAGAAGUGGACCAUGGAGAACUUCAACGCCGACCGACUAAGCCCAGAACUCGUGGCGGAGUUACAGUAGCCAGAGGCCUAUAAUGAUGUUCUGUUCAUAUAGACUAUUGUGAACGGUCACUUAGUGUUUAAUGAAGAAUUCACUUGUUGUCAAACGCAAUGUAUGCUUCAUAGUGUACUUGGUUAAGUAUGUAUUUAUAUAGGUGUUUCAAUAUGUUUGGUCUCUCGACUGGUGUGCAAUUUUAUUGUGAAAUUUUUAAAAAAUGUUUAUGUCAAUGAUUGUAAAUAUUUAAGGUAAUUAAGGGUUUUUAUUUGAUGAAUAGAUAAUGUGUUAGUUUGUUGUUCGGCCUAAAUACGGACUGAUUUGUUUGAACGUGUUUGAUACGGUUGCCAUUUAAUAUUCAGUUCCUAACAGAAAUGUGACAUGAUUCCGAACGGUGAGUAUUAUGCUAGACGUCUCAAUUCAUCUGAUCGAUGCGGAAAUAUUGCUUCAAGGUCUAACACGAUCCGAUCGGAAAGCUAUCGAGAACGAUAAAGCAAAGCGACUACAAAAAUAAAAAAAAAAUGGAUAGCAGAGCAGGAAAUUGGGUUCAACGAUGCGCUUUACGAGAUCGGCUCUAUAACUGGACUUGUUUAUAUGAGAGAUACACAUACAUUUGUGAAAUAACAUUCAAGUUACGAUUGCUUAUUUUUAUGAUUAACUAGCGACCCGCCCCGGCUUCGCACGGGUGCAAUGCUGACUAUUUAAUGGAUGUUACUAUUAUACAUAUAAACCUUCCUCUUGAAUCACUGUAUCUAUUAAAAAAAACCGCAUCAAAAUCCGUUGCGUAGUUUUAAAGAUUUAAGCACACAUAGGGACAGAGAAAGCGACUUUGUUUUAUACUAUGUAGUGAUUAUAAUGACCCCGAAAUGGCUGAUGUUUGCAUCAUAUGAAUUAAGCAUAUCUGAGAAUUGUGUUUUAUUUUUUUUACGAAUUUUCAAAGUAUUUAAUGUAAAUUAGAAACGUAAUUGUAUUCUAUGAAGUAUUAUAAUACUUGUUAGUAUAUUGCGACUGUACAUAUCUUGGUAUAUCGUUCAUGUGCUUUGAACUUUGAUGGUAUUUAUUAAGAUUACUCGGUAAUGUCGAGUGAUCAGCUUAGCUUGUAAUGUAAUUGUGAUUUUUAUAACAAAACCUAUUAUACUGCCAGCAUUUAAAGGUGUGGGAGUGAAGCGAAAAUACAAUUGAAAUUGUCAAUGAACAUUUUGAUUCAGAAUACGAAAAUCUAGAUAAUUGUAACAAAAAAAUUUGUUUCGUAGAUAUUAGAUAUUUUUUUAUAUAUGGGUGUUGCAUUUUUGUUUAUUCUUGUUUUAUAUAAUUUGAACUCCUGAGAUACCUAUGGGUGAUUGUGUAAAUUUAAAUAAUGUUUAAAUUAGUGGAUGCUGUACACUAAAACAUUAUUUGUGUUUAUUUUUCUUGAAUUGGAAUAUUUUUGAAUAUAUUUUUUUUAAGUAUUUUCUAUAUGCAAAAAUGAGGUCUAUGAAUUAGUCAUUUAUAUUUAGUUAUUGUGGUAUAGUAGACUACAUAACUAUAUAAACAUUCCUUAGUGAUAAUAAUCCUGCAGUUUGUUACUAUUCGAAUCUCGUCUAUUACCUUGUAGCAUUCCUUCAAAGAAUUCCAUUGUUUUUCUAAAAAGAAAUCUUUUAUUUAAUAAUAAUUCUAUGGCGGAAUGUCGCGUUAACUUUAUUUGUUUAUCAUUAUUAGAAAUAGAGAAGUAUGAUAAACAAAAUACACAUAUUACGUAAUGUAAAAAUAAACCAGGACUUGACUCAUCACAUUUUUUUUUAAAUAAUUGAUGAUUUUAAUACAAUUGUUACAUAUCAAAUAAAUUGUUAAUAACAUGUGAACUUUCCGAGUGAAUUUAAAAUAAGCAAUAUACACAAUCUAUUGCCAUUAAAUCACUUUUAAAUAUAAAAAGUAAUUAAGAAAGUCAAAACACUGUAUGUAAUCCAUAUCAAAGUUAAUUCAACGUAAAACAUCUUAAAGUUUAAAAUAGAAUAUCUAGACUGAGUAAAACUAAACUCGUUUUAAUGUGAUUAAAUUUCUUCGUAUCUUGCUGCUAAUUAAAAACUAUUUUGAAACGCUAAACAGUAAGUAAUAUCUUAAUGAAGUAAUGAAUUCAACGCUCAGGUUUUAGUUAUGAAAUUUUAGUUAAUUUUAAAGAUGUUUCGUGUAAAUAUCGAGUUCUGUAUUUAUAGUUAGUUAAUAAAUAUUUCUAGCGUAUUGUUAGGAAGUUAUGAACGUGCCUUAUACUUUUAUGACAUAGGUAAUUAUAUUUGAAUGUUGACACUUCUGUAUAUAGUUUCGAUGUCUCCCUCUGUAUUAUAUUAUAGGAUAUUGAACUCUAAUGUUUAGACUAUGAAGUAGUAUUUGUAAAAUAAAGCAUUAUGUUGGAUUUGUA